AUGAUGCAGGACGUGUCCAGCUCGCCGGUGUCGCCGGCCGACGACAGCCUGAGCAACAGCGAGGAGGAGCCGGACCGGCAGCAGACGCCCAGCGGCAAGCGCGGAGGGCGCAAGCGGCGCAGUAGCCGGCGCAGCGCGGGCGGCGUCGGUGCUGGAGGCGGCGGUGGUGGAGGCGGCGGCGGCGCGGGGCCCGGGGGCGUCGGAGGCGGCGGCGUCGGCGGCGGCGAAGAGCCGGGCAGCCCGGCGCAGGGCAAGCGUGGCAAGAAGUCUGGGGGCGUCGGAGGCGGCGGCGGCGGGGGCGGCGCGGCCGGCGGCGGGGGCAGCAGCAGCGGCGGCGGGAGCCCGCAGUCCUACGAGGAGCUGCAGACGCAGCGGGUCAUGGCCAACGUGCGGGAGCGCCAGCGCACGCAGUCCCUCAACGAGGCGUUCGCCGCCCUGCGCAAGAUCAUCCCCACGCUGCCGUCGGACAAGCUGAGCAAGAUCCAGACCCUCAAGCUGGCCGCCAGGUACAUCGACUUCCUCUACCAGGUCCUGCAGAGCGACGAGCUGGACUCCAAGAUGGCCAGUUGCAGCUAUGUGGCGCACGAGCGACUCAGCUACGCCUUCUCCGUCUGGAGGAUGGAGGGGGCCUGGUCCAUGUCCGCGUCCCACUAG